AUGGAUUUGUUCAACUCUACAAGUAUCGACGAAAAUUCUAGUGAAGAAGAUUCUCAAGUUCGUCAUAAUUUUCUCGAAGACACAACGAGGCCUACAAUAUCAGAUCCUGGUGAGGCGUUAUUUAUGAUGGUAGUACGCAAUCAAUUUAGAGUAGCUAAAUUUAUGCAAGAUUAUCAUGGGAGUACACAAAGAAGAAGAACAAUUACCAGAGAUCGUGUAGCUGGACACACUCGACUUGUCAAUGAUUAUUUCUGUGUUGAGCCGAUGUAUACUGAUGAUAUGUUCCGAAGACGAUUCCGAAUGAGAAAAGAAUUAUUUUUGCGUAUAGUCACUGAUUUGGAAAAUCAUCCUAGUGGAUUUUUUAAAUGGAGGGAAGAUGCAGCAAGGAGAAAAGGUCUGUCGCCGCUUCAAAAAUGCACGGCAGCUAUCCGUCAACUGGCAUAUGGAGGUUCUGCCGACCAAUUUGACGAGUACUUGCGAAUGGGUGAAACAACUGCCCUCGAAUGCUUGUCCAACUUUUGCCAAUGCGUGAUACAAAUAUAUGGAGGUGAGUACUUAAGAAAACCCAAUGCAACUGACAUCACUCGUUUGCUUGAAAUGCAUGAACAAAAGCAUGGUUUCCCUGGGAUGUUAGGAAGUCUUGAUUGCAUGCAUUGGGCCUGGAAAAAUUGCCCGGUUGCGUGGAGGGCACAGUACACGCGAGGCGAUCAUGGCUAUCCAACAAUUGUACUUGAGGCAGUCGCAUCUGUCGAUUUGUGGAUAUGGCAUGCAUUUUUUGGAGUUGCUGGAUCUCGUAAUGACAUCAAUAUGCUUAAUGAGUCACCUAUUUUUAAUGAUGUUUUGAAAGGAAAUGCACCGGAAGUUAAUUUUAUUGUGAACGGUACACAAUAUACAAAAGGGUAUUACCUAACAGAUGGUAUAUAUCCGGAAUGGGCCACUUUCGUCAAGAGUUUUUCCUGCCCUCAGGAUCCGAAAAGAAUUAAAUUUAAGGAAAGACAAGAAGCUGCAAGAAAAGAUGUCGAGCGGGCAUUUGGGGUACUCCAAGCUCGUUGGGCAAUUAUAAGAGGUCUAGGGCGACAUUAG